GCCAACGCCGGCCAGUCACCAUGUCGACGUCGGCCAAGAGAGCUGUGUACGUUUUCUCUGUCGUUCCAAGACUGGCACAGCUAGUUCAAGAGGCUUUACCAGAUGUUGUUGUGAUUAAUAUCAAGCCUGAAGGGCGUGAUGCAGGAGGGCAGACGAAAGCUGUAGAGCAGCUCAAAGAGGCUGAAGUCCUCCUGGCAGACAACAACUUUAUUGCAGAGAUAACUCACCUGCUCCCCAAGCUCCAGUGGGCCCAGGGAACUUGGGCAGGAGUUGAGGGACUUGUUGACUUUUUUAGGGAUAAGCCAAAGCCAAAUUUUCCAAUCACUCGUAUGGUUGGGGAUUCCUUCAGUCAGCUUAUGGCAGAGUAUACAAUUGGUCGCAUCAUAAGUCAUGAGCGAGACUGGUUUGAGUGUCAUCAAAACCAGAUGAAAGGUUUGUGGCUUCAUGAGAAGAAGAUUCAUUACUACCGUAGUUUACAGGACUUGGUAGUUGGAAUACUUGGAAUGGGAAACAUUGGAAAAGAAGUUGCAAAAUGCCUCAAAGCAUUCCGAUGCACUGUGCACGGUUACAGCCGCUCAGUCCCAAGUAAUGAGAAUAGAUGUGGUAGUGUUGAUAAAUACUGGCAUACUGGAGAGCUUUCAUCCCUGUUGAAGGAGUGUGAUUAUGUUGUAAAUAUCAUGCCAUCAACACCUGAGACAAGAGGAAUGCUUGGGGGAGACAUCUUAAAAGAAGCAAAAGAUGGAGCGGUUCUCAUUAACAUUGGCCGUGGAGACCUCAUAAGUGAAGCAGACCUGAUCAGGAGCCUUGACUCUGGGUGGUUGUCAGCAGCCAUUUUGGAUGUUUUUGCCAAGGAACCUCUAUCCUCGGAAAGUCCUCUGUGGAAGCAUCCCAAAAUUGUCAUCAGCCCCCAUACAGCAGCGACGUUCAUAUAUCGUUCAGAAGAGAUUACUGAAAAAUUCACUGCAAAUUACCAGCGAUUCGUUAAGAACGAACCACUAGUAGGGGCAGUCGACUGGAAUAAAGGCUAUUAGCUCACAGUAAAGUACUCAUUGUAGGUCCGGCAGGAUCAAAAUUAUUACACUGUGCCUUUUCAGUAAGUCAAGAUAUUCUUCAUCAUCAUCUCAUUUUUCUUAUUCUUUUCCCUCUAUUUUGUCAGGUUUGUCAGAUUUCCCUCUCUGUCUCUUCUCUCUCUCUGUCUGUCUCUUCUCUCUCUCUGUCUGUCUCUUCUCUCUCUCUUCUCUCUCUUUAUCUCUUUCUCACUCUCUCUCUCUUUCUUUCUUUCUCUCUCUCUCUCUCUCUCUCUCUCUCUCUCUCUCUCUCUCUCUCUCUCUCUCUCUCUCUCUCUCUCUCUCUCUCUCUCUCUCUCUCUCUCUCUCUUUCUUUCUUUCUUUCUUUCUUUCUCUCUCUCUCUCUCUCUCUCUCUCUCUCUCUCUCUCUCUCUCUCUCUCUCUCUCUCUCUCUCUCUCUCUCUCUCUCUCAGGGCAGGAGUAUGACCUUGCACUGGUGCUUUAACAAGCUUUAACAGUAAACCUAAGUUUACUGGUGGAAAUACAAGAAUCCUUUCCUAAAUGCCCACUGUGUCAAGCUCCCUCAAAAAGCUUUGUUUACUUUUGGCAUGACAUCUCCGUUGUUUGUCACUUAACAACAGUACCCCAUGGCGAGAUAUUCUUGUCACUAUAGUCCUCAUCCAAAUUUCUCCAUGACAAGAACUCUCUGUCAUGCAGAGCCAGUAGUUUGAUAUCUUUAUUUUCAUUUUGCAAAACAAAAACAAGAAAAACUUUCUUUCUUAAUAUUCUUUCUUUUUAAGAUUCUUUCUUUCUUUCUUUUAUCUCUAUUCUUUAUUUUGAUGUUGGAGGAAAAAUAUUCUUAUACUCAUAAGUAGAAUUUGAAUAUUUUUAUCUUGUGUGGUUUUAGAUUCAGCUUUUGUUAUAGCUAAUGAAAUUACCAGUAAAAUAAAGAUUUUAUAAAUAUAUAUUUUAUAAUGAUAAAAAAACAAAUAAUAAAUAAAUUUUUGACCUAUUACAGAGAUUUACAUUAAUGAUAUUAAGGAUUUUUGGUUACUUUAAGUGUGAGGGAUAAAUGACAAUUAUACUUAUUCCAGUAUAUAUUUUUCAAACUAACAGUAUCCAAUAAAUAUUCUUGAUAAAAUAUUUAAUGCAAAAGAGUCUAAUGACCAAAUAACCUUGUUUUCCAGUCAACCAGAAGCAAAUAGAUAGUAUGAAUUGUUAUGAAUAAUAUCAGUCUGUUUAUUUUUCUGUUAUGCAAUAUUCUGAAAUAAAAGUUAUUUGGAA